AUGCGGGACCUUUUGGGCAGACUGAAUAUCUCCGGUUUUGACUCCAACUCGUACAUUGACAGCGCCGCCAAAAAUAUUUCUGCUCUGCCCAACAUUGGCAUUGCCGUGUCCGGUGGAGGUUACCGUGCGUUGCUGAAUGGCGCUGGUGCCGUUGCAGCAUUCGACAGCCGGACGCCAAAUUCGACCGAAAGUGGUCACAUUGGCGGCCUGUUGCAGUCUUCCACGUACUUCGCAGGCUUGUCUGGCGGUGGUUGGCUGGUGUCGUCGCUUUACGGUAACAAUUUUACCUCGGUGUAUGACAUCAUCAAUGCGAAUACCGACCAAUCCGGUGAUCUCUGGCAGUUUCAAAACUCAAUUCUGUCAGGUCCUGAACAGGGAGGCAUCCAGAUCCUGAAUACAGCCGACUACUACUCGACCAUCUACGAUCAGGUCAACGGCAAGGUUGAUGCUGGCUUCGAUACAUCAAUCACCGACUAUUGGGGCCGCGCUCUUUCCUUCCAGCUUCUCAAUGCCAGCGACGGCGGUCCCGGAUACACUUAUUCAUCCAUCCAAGAUGACGACUACUUCAAGAAGGGCGACGCGCCCCUACCCAUUCUGGUCGCGGAUGGCAGGGAGCCAGGCCAGCUUGUCAUAGCCAGCAACACGACCAACUUUGAAUUCAACCCGUGGGAAAUGGGCUCCUUCGAUCCGACUGUCUUUGGCUUUGCCCCUCUCCGUUAUGUGGGAUCUAACUUCAGCGGCGGACAGCUUCCGAGCAGUGAGCGCUGUGUUCGUGGCUAUGAUUCGCUCAGCUUUGUUUUUGGAACCUCUAGCUCGCUGUUCAACCAGUUCCUCCUCCAGAUCAACGACACGGAGGGCGUGCCGGAUAGCCUGAAGGGCGUCUUGACCAGUGCUCUUGAGAACUUUGGAGAGAGCAACAACGACAUUGCGGACUGGUCCCCUAACCCUUUCUACCACUGGAACAACGAAACCAACCAGGGUGCUUCUAGCAAGCGGCUGACACUUGUGGAUGGAGGCGAAGAUCUGCAGAAUAUUCCUCUCAACCCACUCAUUCAGCCUCUGCGCAAUGUCGAUGUCAUCUUUGCCAUCGACUCUUCCGCAGACACUGUGUCCGAUGAAGCUCCCGGAUGGCCCAACGGUACCGCCAUGGUUGCAACCUACGAGCGCUCUCUCAACGUGACGCAGGCCAACGGCACCAUUUUCCCAUCUAUUCCUGAUCAGAACACCUUCAUCAACCUCGGUCUGAACAACAGACCGACCAUGUUCGGCUGCGAUGCUGGUAACUUCUCCAGCACCACGCCUCUGAUCGUAUACCUUCCCAACGCUCCUUACGUCUUCAACUCCAACAUCUCCACCUUCACUCGCGAGUACAGCAUCAGCCAACGCAACGCCAUGAUCGAGAACGGAUACGAUGUCGCGACCAUGGGCAACGGCACGCUCGAUUCGCAGUGGCCGACGUGCGUUGGUUGUGCUAUCAUGUCCCGCAGCUGGAACAGGACUGGCACCACCGUACCAGAUGUUUGUACUGAAUGCUUCAACAAGUACUGCUGGAACGGCGACCGCAACUCCACGGCCACGACGUAUAUUCCGGAGAUGAAGUUGGAGGAGCUGAAAACUACCAGCGCUGCAGUCACCACCAUGCCGAGCUUCUACUCUUUCCUGGCAGCUGUUGUUGCCGGUGUAGCCCUCAUGCUCUAA